GUAGGUUUACGCAUGCGCAUUCACCUUGACCGGAAAGCAGCAAAGGCCACUAAAUUCACCGAAUUAUAUCAUUUUUUACAUCAUAUUAACAUUACUAAAGUAUAAAAAUGGAUCAGCAAAAGUUAAUGGAAUACGCAACGAUCGUUGCAAAGUUGAAAAUGUAUCCAUAUUUCGACAUUGCAAACUAUAUACUUAUGUGUAUAAUAGUUCGUGAAGAUAACCACCCCCAGCCUGGAUCUGGCAAUAAUUCUCCUCUCUUUUCGAGAAAACAUCCAUUGGCUUGUUGGGUUGCGUCUAUGGUUUUGUGUUUUGCGGGAUCCAUUUUGGGAAAUUUUCUUGUUGGUGAACCGGUUAUUACCCCUUUUAAAAAUCAUACCGAUUUGUUAACGGCAACCGCAGUCUGGUACUGCAUUAAUUAUUCUCCAUUUGAUAUUAUUUAUAAAAUGACGAAAUUUUCACCUAUAAAAUGGGUUGUUAUGUGUGCAAAAGAAGUACAGAGAGUACAUAAAAUUCAUCAUGGAGUGGCUUAUGCUUUUAAGGCUUAUCCCGGAGCUUAUGUGGUCAUAGUAAUUUUAGGCGUUGUUAAAGGAGCGGGAUCAUCUCUGAUGAGACCCGUUGCAAGAUUAGCUGCUGGUAUUUGGAAACCCCACGAUAAGACAGAAUGGUUAUCACCUUCCUUCGCGACAAAAUCAAGUGUGGUUGCUUCAAUCGUCUUCCUUUGCGAGAGAUUGAACAUGAUUCCCCAACUACCUCAUCCAACACUUUACUUUACAGUAGUACUAUUCUUUAUCUACUUUCGUUUAUCUGCCCUGAUUGUGGAUAUACAAGAUCCUUUUGCCCCAUUUGAGAAUUUAUUUUGCAAUAUCUUCAUGGGUGGAGUAUGGGAUGCUUUAAAGAAAGCAACAACAAAGACCGACAAAAAAGAGGAUAGUAAGCAAUACGCCAAAGCAGAUAAACCUAAAGAAGACAAGAAGAACGAUUAAAGAAUUUAAAGAUUAAUUUAAACGAAGAAUGUAUAUCCUAAAAGAGAAAAGAAAUUCCCUUUAAAAAUUUUGUUUGUUUUUGAAAAAUUGACGAAUGUUUCUUAUUUAACUCUGGUGCUUUUAAAUAACAAUUGAAAGAAAAGGAGACUUUUUAAAGAGCAUAUCAAAAAAAAAAUGUCCGUACUAUUUUUCACUUAAAUAUUAUCUCCAAAGAAAAAAAUAACCCAUUUCUAAAACAUUUUCUCUUAUUUUUUGUGUGAUUUUUAGGAAUUUAUUAGUGCUUAAUAAAAAUCAAAAAACAAC